AAGGCAGCAGUCACCGAGCAGCCGUGCGUCAGAGAGAGACUUAGAGACUCUGCAAACUUUCCUGAUCAAAAUAAACCCCGGUCCUGAAUAAGACACCAGGAGAAGGGAGGGAGAGCGCGUGUGAGUAACUUCCUAAGCGCUCUCUCUCGCUCCUCUUCGGGGCACGAUCCCUUGCGCCUGCCCUUACCACCCCUCCUUCCCUUCCCUUCUCUCCCCACGUCCCACUCAACGCUCAUUUCAAUGACAUCUGCUUAGGAUCCAGCUUUAUUCUGUUUAAAUACAAAAAAGCAACUCCCUCCCCCUCCCGUGUGCGCGUUUGGCUUUCCAAAUUCCGAGGCGAGAGGGAAACACCAGCUUGGAGUCUCCAUUUAAUACCUUUGGAGACGCGCGCUGUGCUACGUGGGCGUGAAGACACGCGCGCGCGAGAGAGAGGAUCUACCUUCUUCCCUCUGCCUCACUUUCUCUCUUUUUGUGCUGAGCGGAUGCCAAGCGGUGAUCCUCUGAACCAAAUCCUCUUGGCGCCUCGAGAUCCAGCCCAGUGGUGAAAGGGAAACUUUCGGUGCGCGUCCGUCCCGUCACAGCAGCAUGAAAUCGGCAGAAGAAGAACAUUAUAACUAUGCAUCUUCAAAUAUAAAUUCCAGCUUGCCUCUAAGUGUGGCACAUCCUUCAUUGUCAGCUCCAUGUCAUGGCCUUCAGACAUCCAAUCCAGUCAUUUCGAUUGUCCCAUCAACUAAUCAUCCUUCGGGAUACGGAGGGCAUGCUGAAAGUGGCACCGCGGGAUAUUAUCUGUCUCCCAACGUCAGACCUAAUGGCGUGCCAGCGCUAGAAAGCCCUAGAAUCGAAAUAACCUCUUACUUGGGGCUGCAUCAUAACAACAACCAGUUCUUCCAUGAUCCGGAAAUCGAGGAGCCUGUCCCAAACACAAAGAGAUCGCCUACGACUGCGACGUUGAACCUGCCGAACAUAGAGGCCUAUCGAGACCCAUCUUGCCUGAGUCCAGCAAGCAGCCUGUCUUCCAGAAGCUGCAAUUCAGAAGCAUCGUCUUAUGAAUCCAAUUACUCUUAUCCCUAUACUUCGCCUCAGACAUCUCCUUGGCAAUCGCCGUGUGUGUCGCCCAAGACCACCGACGCCGAGGAAGCGUAUCAACGGAGCAUGGUGACCUGCACGUUGCUUAACUCGCCCCGACACUCCCCAUCUGCCUCUCCCAGAACAAGCAUCACCGAGGAAAACUGGCUGAGCACUCGCAACUCCCGGCCAUCUUCUCCCUGCAACAAAAGAAAAUACAGCCUGAACGGCAGGCAGACGUCCUACUCGCCACACCCCUCUCCAACACCCUCUCCCCAGACUUCUCCAAGAGUCAGCGUGACCGAUGAGACAUGGCUAGGAAACACUAACCAGUACACCAGCUCAGCCAUCGUCGCAGCCAUCAAUGCCCUCACCACUGACAGCACAAUAGACAUGAACGAUGGGAUUCCUACCAAGUCCAGGAGAACGGCAAUCGAUCACACCCAGUCCAUGACGCUCAAGACUGAACCGAGCGGGGAAGAUCAUGGGACCAUAUCGCCAACUGCCGACUUGUCGCCAGAAGAGUUUCCGGGGUUUCAGCACAUCAGGAAAGGAAGCUUCUGUGAUCAGUACCUUUCAGUGCCACAACAUCCCUAUCCAUGGGCCAAAUCUAAGCCAUUGUCCCCAUCAUCCUACAUGAGCCCAUCCUUGCCUGCUCUGGAUUGGCAGCUGCCGUCUCACUCAGGACCUUAUGAACUUCGGAUUGAAGUGCAGCCGAAGUCCCACCACCGAGCCCAUUACGAGACCGAAGGGAGUCGAGGGGCUGUCAAGGCAUCUGCGGGGGGACACCCAGUGGUGCAGCUACACGGUUACUUAGAAAGUGAACCGCUCACGCUACAGCUGUUCAUCGGGACUGCAGACGACCGCCUGCUGAGACCCCAUGCCUUCUACCAGGUUCACCGCAUCACUGGGAAGACCGUCUCCACAACCAGCCACGAAACCAUACUUUCCAACACCAAGGUCUUGCAAAUCCCGCUUCUUCCCGAAAACAACAUGAGAGCAAUCAUUGACUGUGCUGGAAUACUGAAACUUAGAAAUUCAGAUAUAGAGCUGAGGAAAGGAGAAACUGACAUUGGAAGGAAGAAUACACGGGUUCGACUAGUCUUCCGUGUACAUAUCCCCCAACCUAAUGGGAGAACCCUUUCUCUACAAGUGGCAUCCAACCCAAUUGAGUGCUCUCAAAGAUCUGCUCAGGAGCUGCCUUUGGUAGAGAAGCAAAGUGCUGAUAGCUAUCAUGUGAUGGGUGGAAAGAAAAUGAUACUGAACGGACACAACUUUCUUCAAGACUCCAAAGUCAUAUUUGUGGAGAAAGCUCCAGAUGGUCAUCAUGUGUGGGAAAUGGAAGCCAAAACUGACAAAGAGUUGUGUAAGCCAACUUCAUUGGUGAUUGAGAUUCCACCGUUCCGCAAUCAGAGAAUUACAAGUCCCGUCCAAGUUAAUUUCUAUGUCUGCAAUGGAAAGAGAAAGAGAAGCCAGUACCAGCUUUUCACCUACCUUCCUGCUAAUGUUCCAGUUAUAAAAACAGAACCCACUGACGACUAUGAGCCUGCUCAAACCUGUGGACCAAGGAACCAAGGAUUAAGCCCUCUCUCCAAGCCAUACUACAGCCAGCAGAUCAUGAUGCCUCCUGAUCCUGGCUCGUGCCUUGUGACUGGCUUCACUUCCUGUCAGCAGAGAAAUGCUGUGAUGUCAUCGUCUCCCAGCUCAAGUCCUAAGCUGCAUGAUCUUUCCUCUCCUGCUUACAAGUGCAUCACCAACCCAGGCCACAGCCACCUAGGACUUCAGCAGACGGUUGGAGGUGUCCCCGCCAUACAGGAAGUGCCAAGGUCUAUAGUUGUGCAUCCAAGCUCUCCAGAUCAGUCAUCUCACAUCAUGCUGCAGCCGCAGGUGAGUCAACAUCUGAGCAGUAGCUGUUCCCUUGGUUACCAACAAACACUCUAUCCCAACAGUCCCUCCUCUCCAGUUCCAUCUGUAACCCAAGAGCCAACCUAUUUGCAGUCCUGCAGUCCAACUCGCUCAUCCGUAAUGGGUCAGCAGCAACUGCCGAAUGUUCAAAGAAAUGAAUCUCCAGCAAAUCAGCCACUGCCGUUGCCCGAGUUGCAUGAGGACAGUAAUCAUAAUUUGGCCCCUAUUCCUGUAACGAUCAAGCGAGAACGUGAGGAAUUGGACCAGUUAUACCUGGAUGAUGUAAAUGAAAUAAUAAGGAACGACCUCUCCAGCACCAACGUCCAUUCAUAGCUGGCUGUCUAGAUAUCCUGCUUUAAGCUCCACUGAGACAUCGGCUUCAGAUAAAUGGAAGGUCCUCCCCGGUACCACUCUGCUCUUUCCCUUUCUGGAAUAUUUGGAACAAUUACCUCUUCUCUGUGUAUCUAUAAAACUAAUUGGCUGGCUUCAACCAAGGAAACACCUUCUGUCAAGAAAAUCAUCUCAAGGGAAAUGGAGGACACAAACUCUGAAAUGGUGCAUUUCUCAAGUUGAAAUAGGAAAUGUGACACAACUGGUGACUGACUGAAAACUGGCUUUCUUUUCCUUUGGGCUCUACUGGAAGUGCCUUAUUUUGUUAGAUUCUGACAUCAGGACAUUGUAUUGGCAGCUUUCGAUAUGCUGCCAUCCAAAGUAUUUCAAGGCACAGUAACCAUCAAACAUAUACUGGAACUUGGGAUGUGUUGGAACUGUCUGUUGGUAUGUGUAUAAAAACCCCUGUUGCGUUGUAUCAGCUAAUUCAUACUCAGAGUAAAUUUAUUCAGAUGAUAGGCAAGAUUUUAGUGGGUCUACCCUGAGUAUGAUUUAGUUAGUUACAAGCCAUGGAAAGUAAAAUACGUGUCUGAAUUCCUGGAUUUCUUCACUUUUGAACUGUGUUUUACAUCUUGUUGCCUUAUUCCUGAUGCAUUUUUUAAAAAAACAAACCCAGAUUGUCAUCUCAGUUCUAUACUUUUCAGCCUAUUGCAGAUCUUUGCUCAUGUAUCAUAGGACUGCAUGUUAAUACUUUGACUUAAAUCCAUUUCUAUACAUAGCACAAGAAAAUAGAACAGCACAAAAUAUUAAGGUUGAUGGACAAAAACGUGGAUAUCUAUCUUUUCCUCAACUUUUAUGCAUAUGCUUAUACAUACAAACUAGCAUUUAUGCAUAUAUAUACAUACAUACUGUGUAUAUAUACAGUAUAUGCCUUGUGGAGGCUUUGAAUUCGGCAAUAAUUUCUGCUUCUGAGAAUGCAGUCCUGAUCCCAUGCAAAUACUCUUGCCAUUACUAUGUUGUGGGUUUGUUAUGUUUAAGACAAUUAUGCAUUUUCUUUCCUCAAGCUGAUAAGCAAGCACUUUAGACAGUCCCGAAGGAUGCAUAUGAAAUAUGUAUUAAUUACCAAAUGACAAAAGAUGAGUUAAAAGCAAAUGUAAAUACCAUUUUCAAAGAAUGUAAAAUAUUUGUUCAGUUAUAAGAUAAUUAUCCCACUGAAGCCUUAUAACUCUCUGCUUUGUGUACAACAAAUAUUACCAAAAAACCAAACAUUUUAAUAUGCAAUGCUGUAUAGUAUGUUUUCAGAGCAGCUUCAAGUUUAUAGAGUACAUAUGAAACUUAAACAUGUAAUGUAGUCUUUGACAUGGUAUUUCGUACAACCAAUAAUGUUGUUACCAUAUAGCUAGUAAUGGCAUAUUAUGUCACAUAGACAAAAAGAAAGCAUGGCUCCAUUUUUAAAGCAUUUAACAUUAAUAUUGUGCCUUAGGAAAUACGAGUGAACUACUCCACAGUUACUAAGGUGGUGACUGAUUACAGUGUACAGUUAAAGCAAAAUCAACAGGUUUCACAAAAAGGUGAAACAGUCCUAAACAUUUAGAAAUAUUACUCUGUACAAUUAUGUCUUACUUACUUUUUUUUAAAUGAAAAGCCAUAUUUGUAACAUUUGCACAUUACUGUGAAAACAUAAGAAUAUAAUAUGGCUGUAUGUAAAUAUUAUAACGUUACUGGUCCUUCUAAUUGGGUGACUUCCCAACUGCUUAGCAAGAGAUAUUUAUCCUGUACUGUACUCAGCUUUGUAGCAGUUGCAUGCAUUUCUCCUAGACUGCCAUAUUAUAUAUACAUAUAAAUUUUGACAGUUUUCAGCUAAACUUGUAGCUAGAAAAUACAUCAAACAAAGCACAACUUUCCACAGAAAGCUAGAUUGGUUCAACUGUUUUUGACUCCUGCGGGAGGGGGAUUUUUCAUAAAACGAUACACUUUAAAAUGUCAUAUGUUAGCAGCUAUAUUCUGUAUAUUGCAGGCACUUCCGUUUCAGGCAACUUUCAGUCUUCCAAUAUCAUAAUUGUACCAUUCAUCAAGAAGUGCUUCUGUAUAAUUUCCAUUUUUUGCAACAGAAACUUGUGCUGGAGCAACACUCCAUAGAUUAAACCAUAUUUUUCAACAUCCCUUGCCAACAAUUGCUGUUCCUUCAUGUAUUCUACAUUUAAAACAUGUAGUUGCCAAGAAAGACAUGGAGUUCCGGUGUAAUUCUCAGACGACCAUUUCUCUCAAUUUUCCUGAAAUGUCAGAAGAGUGCAAGUGGAGGAACCUUCAGGCGGGCCAAAGGAUUUUUGACUCUGAUACAGAAAUAUCUUGGGCGAGGUGCUGACCACACAAGCACCACAAUGUUUGCAUUUCUGCAAUAACUUUAGCAAGAUAAUCAUAUGUAUUGUUCCCGGUAUGUCACACCCUCUUUUUGUCAUUGUUUAUUUGUUUCAUUUCUUUUGAGCUCUCUUGGAAGUUUGUUACAUUCAACCCUAGCUCUGAAAAACUAUGCAUCUCUUGUAUAUGUAUCCAUGAAUAAUAAUAA